GGUCCCCCCCGGAUCGAAAGCGAAACGGGGGCCGGGGAGGAAGGGCGGAGCCGCCCGAGGCGCCGCCCCCUGCCCUGCGCGGCCGCUGGACCGACGGGCGCGCCCAGGCAGGAGGCGGCUGAGCCGCGCAGUGCGGACCCUCGCGGGGACCUGCGCCGCCACCAUGUCUCAGGAAGGAGUGGAGCUGGAGAACAGCGUCCGGCGCCUCCGGGAGAAGUUUCAUGGGAAGGUUUCCUCCAAGAAGGCGGGGGCUCUGAUGAGGAAAUUCGGCAGCGACCACACCGGAGUGGGGCGCUCCAUCGUGUACGGAGUCAAACAGAGAGAUGGCCAGGAGCUGAGUAACGACCUGGAUGCCCAGGACCCACCGGAAGACAUGAAACAGGACAGGGACAUCCAGGCCGUGGCCACCUCCCUGCUGCCACUGACGAAAGCCAACCUACGCAUGUUCCAGCGGGCCCAGGACGACCUCAUCCCUGCCGUGGACCGCCAAUUCGCCUGCUCUUCCUGUGACCACGUCUGGUGGCGCCGAGUGCCCCAGCGGAAGGAGAGGCUGGGCACAGAUGGGGUCCCCGUCCCCCUGCUACGGUUGCGGCUUUCCCGUGUAUCCAACACGGAUCCUCCCCCCGCGCUGGGACCGCGACAUGGAGCGUCGCAGCACGCACACCCACUCCUGCUCGGCCGCCGACUGCUACAACCGGCGAGAGCCCCACGUGCCCGGGACCUCCUGUGCGCACCCUAAGAGCCGGAAGCAGAACCACCUGCCCAAAGUCCUGCACCCCAGCAACCCCCACAUCAGCAGUGGCUCCACCGUGUGUACAUGCCUGAGCCAAGGCGGCCUCCAGGAAGACCUGGACAACCUCAUCCUGGAGGACCUCAAGGAGGAGGAGGAAGAGGAGGAGGAGGAGGAGGAGGAAG